AAUACCACAUGAAAGAAGCCAUGAAAAUACCUGCUGUUACCAUCGCUGCCAUCGCCAUUAUUCUCUUCUGCUACAUUCCGGUUAUGGCGUCCGCAAGGCACGUAAAGGCGCCGCCACACGGAGAUCAUAACAAACAUUACGAGGAGCACGACUCUCGGCCAAGCACAAGACAAGGGUCAAUGUUAGGGGCGAAAAUGGUUAGUAAUAAACUUGUUGAUUCGAACUGGGAAACAAGGUCGUUGCCGCAACGAAAACGAGCCGACACGUUGAAGAUCUCCGGAUCAAGCUUGCCGGAUUGCUCGCACGCGUGCAUGUCGUGCACGCCGUGCCUACUAGUUAUAGUGAGCUUUGUGUGUUCUUCAUUGGAAGAGGCUGAAACAUGUCCCAUGGCUUACAAGUGCAUGUGCAACCAUAAGUCUUAUCCUGUUCCAUGAAAUUGCUUAGAUCAUCUGUUUUUCUUUGGGUAAAUUACACCAAGAUCAGUAAACUAUUAGUAA